CUUUCACAAAACAUUAUUUUUAGUACAGUUCUCCUACUCUUCUGAUUAAGAAUCUUGUAUAUAUUUAAUCAAAAUGCCACUGUUGAUUCAGAAUAAGAAAAUCGAUCGUGUGACAUCAACAGCAGAACUGUAUUCGAAAUAUUCCUGUUUAAAGGAAAAAGCCAAAGUGUUUCGCUCCAAACCCAUUCUGAUCGUGGACCCGAAGUGCCUACUCUACAUGCAGCAACGAGAAUAUGCAGCCACUACUCCAGCAGACAAAUCAGUUACUGUUAUUGGCUCUGGAGAUGCAACAACGUGUCACUUAGUAGUUUUGCGCCAUAAAGGAAGUGGAGUAUCUUGUCUGUCUCACCUUGAUGGUUCAGACACUUGGACCGAAGUUCCUCUGUUAGUAAAUGCUGUCAUGUCCCUAAGCAAUCCUACAAAAGAGGGCAGAUUAGAGCUUCAUCUUGUUGGGGGAUUUGAUGAUGACAACAAAACCUCCCAUAAACUCAGCCAUGAUGUUUUGGCUGCCUUUCAGGAACAGAAAGAAGAAAUUCACUUGGAAUCAUGCUGCAUUACUGAAAUGAACGAUGUGGUGAUGGACGGGAUUCACAAACCAAUUGUGUACGGAAUAGGUGUGAAUGUAAAAACUGGUGAUGUUUUUCCGGCGUCAUUUCCACACAGAGGGCCGGCACACAACCUGCGAUCUGCACGUACCUUCACCGGUGGACAGAUGGCUAAGGUGUAUGACUCUACUAAGGAGCAGGUGAAGAUUGGUCCAUGCAGGUGGGGACCCAGCUCAGACAUAGCUUUCUGGCUGGCUGAAGAUGAUGACACCAUAUUACAGUACUUGUCUACGUCUCCUUACGCUGAGCCACCUUACUUUGUCCAAGAUAUCAAGUCUACCAUCCAGUUUCUGCUGGAACACCCAACCACAGAUGCUCUCUUUCCUGGAGGUCUGCCACAGCUCUUUAAGCGUUCAGAGCAAGGGGAAUGGGAGAGAGUCUGGUCCUAAAGAAAUGUCAGCCUGAAAUUUAUUUUGCACAAUUUACCCGUACUGAACAUGUAAUCAGUCAGCCAAGACAUGUUUUGUUGAUUGCUGUUCAAGGUAAAUAUGUUUAUUUGCAAUGUCAGAGCAUUUGUUACUUGCAGUUCAAGUAAGCAUAUCUGCCUUGCUAUAAAAGUGAAUGGGGAAGCACUUUUGUGUUUCCUAUCAAUCGGACAAAAUGUAACUGGGCAACUGUUAACAUGUGUAUGUGAAAUCGGGCAGGUGGUGCCUUCUUUCAGGCAUUCCUGGCUAUUUUUGAGGGAUGUUCAAAAAAAGUUUCUGCACUUUUAUAUUUUGGUUGGAAACAGUAAGGGCGGGAGGAGUAGUAAUUGGUCGUGUCUGAGAGACUGAGAGAGAGUCCGCCAUCUAAUUUCCACCUUUUUGGACUGCUUUGAGGGGAAAAAGAUUAUCAUGUAAUGAUGAUGUGAAAGCAGCGGUGCAUCAGUGGCUACACGCUCAACCAAAAACAUUUUUUGCUGAUGGCAUUAAAAAGUUGGUACGACGCAGGAAAAAAUGCAUUGAAAGGUGACUAUGUAGAAAAGUUAUGUAAUUUGUUUUUGAAAUUCUUAAUAAAUAGAGUUUUAAAAGUUUGGAAACUUUUUGAAGAAUCCUCAUAUAUUUCAUUUACAGUAUUCAUAUUCCUGUCUUGUCACUUGGAAAUGAAGUUAAACUAAUACACACUUCUAUUCUGAUUAAGCAUAUUAAAGAAUAUCUGUCAUU